CCGACCACUUGCAUACAUGUACUUCCUCUAAAAAUUUACCAAAAUUGUGACAACUAAGUUUGUCCAUGUCAUUCAUUUUGAUUCUUAAACGACUUAAAAUUCUUUUCCGUAUGUUAUAUGUUUUAAAUCUGAAAAUUUCAAGGGUAUAUUUAUUUCCUGAGUACGAGAAACUUGAAUUGUUGUACGCCUAUAAUGACACGUAUCUACUUCGGAUACGUAUUUUGGUCGGAUACGCGUGAAGCUUCUUGAAUAGUUCAAUACCUUGCCAUAUAAACGAUCUAACCUCAAGGUUUUACAGACAACUGUUUAUUAUUUUAUUACUAAAACGUGUGACCAAAUGAUAUGCUUUGGUUGUUUCCAUGCAUUGUCAUAAAAGUUCAGUUACUUUAAAAGCAUUAUCAAGUUAAAAAAUGACCAGUGAAAAUUUGACAAAAAUUGUGGACAGCCUGUACUUAGGAGACUUUACAGCUGGAACAGACACAGAACUAUUGAAGGAACAUGGAAUCACACAUAUAUUGACAGUGGAUAUGACUCAGCACUACCUGCCUUGUAAUCCCGGGACAGAGGACCACAUGUUUGUGAACUGCAUGGAUUUGCCGUCGGCUGACCUACUUUCCAGAUUUGACGAGUGCUUCAAGUUUGUAGACAAUGCUCUGAAGUCACCAGGGAAUAGACUGUUGAUUCACUGUUUUGCAGGUGUAUCGCGAAGUGCCACAGUUAUGAUAGCCUACCUCAUGUAUAGAGAUGGAAUGUGUCUGGAUGAAGCAUAUGGAACAGUGAAAGAAAUGAGGCCCAUCAUAAAACCUAACCCUGGGUUUAUGGAGCAACUAGAACUGUUUGAACAGAUGGAAAGUAAAAUUGAUGAAAGCAACCCCAUGUACAAGACAUACAAGCUGCAGGUCAUGGCAGAGAGGAUCCAAGCUGGUGAGGAAUUGUCAGAAUCUGAUCUCUGCAGCACAGACAUACAGACCAACAACGAGUCAUUCUACAGAUGUAUGAAAUGCAGACAGGCUUUAUUCAAAACCACCAGUGUUAUGAGGCACAAAAUGGGUGAAGGGGAGGCAGCGUUUGAUUGGAGGAGCAAACUGCCAGCCAAUCAGAAAGAGGGGUUUGUCAGUCAGACUAUUGAUAGCACUGACUGUGACAAGUCAUUGUUUAUAGAACCAGUCAGAUGGAUGGCUGAUAGCAUACGGGAUAUGGAAGGCAAGCUAAACUGCCCAAAGUGUAAAUUAAAACUCGGUUCUUUCAUCUGGUAUGGUGAAAAAUGCCCUUGUGGAACUUGGGUUGCACCGGCAUUUCACAUUCAGGGGUCAAAAGUCGAUUUAAUCAAGCCACGCCCACUUGCGAAUGUACAUCAGCUGACCUUUUCAAAUGGAGGCCAAUCAGAUUCUAGAGUUGUGAAAACGGGCCAAUCAGAUUCAAGCGUUUUGAAAAUGGCCCAAACAGACUCGAGCGUUGUGAAAUCAGAAUCAAACCAGCUUUCCUGUAUGUCUAUAUAAUUUUAUAGAAAACUAUGGUUGUUUAAUCCAGGUUUUAAUGGUUUUCAUUAGCUCCUGGGAUACUGACAUGCAAGUCUUUCGUAUGUCAAUUUGUUCUUUAAACUGUUGAGCAGAAUUUCAAACUUCAAAGGAAGGUUACCUGUGGGCUAUCUUUAAAUAUUGAUGAUUUCGAAACAGACAUCUGAUAAAGAAGGUCACUUGGCCUCAAAAGUUUUUUUUUAAAUGAAAACUUUUACGAUCUAAUACGCUGAAACAGAAAAGCCCAGAGGUUUAAUAUUAGGUAUGUAACAUCAAUUUUCUCAACAACUGUUGAUACAAAUAUGAGGUAAGAAAUGGUCUUGACCUCGAGGGUCAACAGUUUUACAUGAGUUAUAUGAGAACAAUGUGAACAAAUCUUAUAACCUGAAGCACAUAGCUUUCAAGUUCAGUAUGAACCAUGAUCUAGUGGUGCUCUGCAGUUAAUUCAAAUCAUGACCAUACCUAGAUGUCAUAUUUAUAAUAUGAACAGAAAGUAAGAUAAAUUUCAAAAUCUUUUAAACAAGGCCCAUAGCUUUGAUAGUAUGAUACAUAAUAUAGUCAUCAUCUGCAAAGAUACUUCAAACCAGGCCUCUGUGAUCAAAACGAGUCACGCCUCACAAGAAACAUAAUGUAUAGACUUACAUUGCAAUAGUUCUGGCUACCAUAACUUUAAAUGUCGCUUUUUAUGAUUUUUGACUGGUGCGACUUUAUAGUUAUAGACCAACCCCUUUAGGAAAGUCAACCAGAAAUUCCCGAAAAGUUGACAGUUAACAAAGACCGGUCCAAAACAGCUUUUAAAUGCAGUUAUUGGCCCAAAUCAACCACUUUAUCGGAAAGAUUGACAUUUUUCACAUUUAACUGAUAUAUUCUUUUACAAAAUACUAUCUUAAACAUUUAAAAUUUAUCUAUUCUGCUCUUAUAUAUCGAGAAAAACAGCGAUGUGACAGACUUUCUUGAAAUGCGAAUCUCCCGAGAUUUCACGGUCAUAUGACAUUUUUCUAUUUUUAGUAACAUACCAUGUGCUCAAGUGUUUCCAAAUUCAGAAUGACAUUUUCUGGUAUUUUAGAUUAUUCUGGCUUGUUUUGUUUUGUUAACGAAAUACAAACUCAAAGUAAAUAUUAUUUAAAACUACCUGAUUCACACUGAAAUCAGUCUUAUAAUCCACCAGACGUACGUUGUUUAUCACAAAUAAUGGAUUUCAGAAAACGAAAGUAAUGUUUACAAUUUCAGCAUAAAAUGUCAAGGUCGAUCCGAUAGUAUCCAAAUGAAAACUCGUCACGUGACAAAGCGACAAUGGCGUCAACAUUGUGAAUUUCAGACUGAUGAGAGUUAUUUUCAUCUAUUGUAAGAUGCAUUAGAACAUUUGAACCUUAAAAUAUUCCUGGAUGCAGUAAUUUAUAUUCAUUCACCAAUAUAUGUAGAAAUGUAUUCAAGAAAAUGACCAUUCUUUGAUUUAUAGCGUGACAUAAAUAUGUUACGACUCUGGUUGACUUUCGAUACGGGGUUGGCUUCAGCGUACAGGUAUGUCAAUACUAUAUAAACUGUACGCUGAAGUUUCUUUAGCUAACAUUGCAAAUAACUUGAUUGUUUUAUUUCUAUAAUGAAACUGUCAAGAGGUGAGAAUAUUGGUAGGUAACAUUAUAUAGUUCAAUUGUGCAAAAAGGUACAUGUACCAUGUGCCUUCUAAUUUAAUGUCACAUGGUACCUUUUUGCACCCAUGGGGCGAUAUAGUGGUCCCAAAGUGUUCAAUUUAUGCCCCUUUCUUUAAAAGUAAACCCUGGGCCAUAAGUAUUAUACCUUUGACCUAGAGUUUCAUUGGUGUGCGUUGAAGUAGCUCUGGGUUAUCUUGUUGAUUUACACAGGUAUAAGAUAAUCCAGGAUCUAACAGGGUUUUUCUUUCAGCUGAAGGUGUUUUUAUGCCCCCCUUCGAAGAAGAGGGGGUAUAUUGCUUUGCUCAUGUCGGUCGGUCCGUCCACCAGGUGGUUGUCAGAUGAUAACUCAAGAACGCUUGGGCCUAGGAUCAUGAAACUUCAUAAGUACAUUGAUCAUGACUCGCAGAUGAUUUUGAGGUCACUAGGUCAAAGGUCAAGGUCACGGUGACCCGAAAUAGUAAAAUGGUUUCCGGAUGAUAACUCAAGAACGCAUACGCCUAGGAUCAUGAAACUUAAUGGGUAGAUUGACCAUGACUUGCAGAUGACCCCUAUUGAUUUUGAGGUCACUAGGUCAAAGGUCAAGGUCACGGUGACCCGAAACAGUAAAAUGGUUUCCGGAUGAUAACUCAAGAACGCAUACGCCUAGGAUCAUGAAACUUCAUGGGUAGAUUGAUCAUGACUCGCAGAUGACCCCUAUUGAUUUUGAGGUCACUAGAUCAAAGGUCAUGGUCACGGUGACCCGAAAUAGUAAAAGGGUUUUCGGAUGAUAACUCAAGAACGCAUACGCCUAGGAUCAUGAAACUUCAUAGGUAGAUUGAUCAUGACUCGCAGAUGACCCCCAUUGAUUUUGAGGUCACUAGGUCAAAGGUCAAGGUCACAGUGACCCGAAACAGUAAAAUGGUUUCCGGAUAAUAACUCAAGAACGCAUACGCCUAGGAUCAUGAAACUUCAUGGGUAGAUUGAUCAUGACUCACAGAUGACCCCUAUUGAUUUCGAGGUCACUAGAUCAAAGGUCAAGGUCACGGUGACCCGAAAUAGUUAAAGGGUUUUCGGAUGAUAACUCAAGAACGCAUACGCCUAGGAUCAUGAAACUUCAUAGGUAGAUUGAUCAUGACUCGCAGAUGACCCCUAUUGAUUUUGAGGUCACAAGGUCAAAGGUCAUGGUCACGGUGACCCGAAAUAGUAAAAUGAUUUUCGGAUGAUAACUCAAGAACGCUUUUGCCUAGGAUCAUGACACUUCAUAGGUACAUUGAUCGUGACUCACAGAUGACCCCUAUUAAUUUUCAGGUCACUAGGUCAAAGGUCAAGGUCACAGUGACAAAAAUCGUAUUCACACAAUGGCUGCCACUACAACGGACAGCCCAUAUGGGGGGCAUGCAUGUUUUACAAACAGCCCUUGUUUUCCUUUUAUACUGUCAACUGUAUUGUUGCAUAUAAAUGUUUUGUUAAGGUUGUUUUUAACAUGUUUGUGAAAAUAUUCAGGUACUUUUGGAGGAUGUUCAGUAGAUAUUGUCUUCACUCAACCUUCAACAAUAUUGUUUUGGAUUCACCUUGGACACAUUUCCAUCUUUUUUAUAAAACGAACAAGUAUGAAUAAGUCUUUAACUUUUUGAAGUACAACUUUGAGACUUGCAUGUUUUUUUACAAAUUGCUUUAAUUUCUCCUCUUGUUAUGGCCCACGUUCGAAGAGUGCUGCACUAUCAGGCCCAGGAUUUCCGUCCAAAAAUUCCUGUCUAAGCCAUAACAUUGCCAUGUAAUGAUGGAUUUUAAAGUAGCGUUGCACAAAUGUAAACGAGCUGUGUCAUGUGUAAAAAUUUGUCAAAGGUCAAGGUCACACUUGGGAGGUCAAUUUUUUUUUCCAUCAAACAACUUGAAAACUCCCAUCUCAAUGAUUUCUUUGCUAUAUACUGAUGGAUUUAAAAAUGACUUACUUGGCACACAUGUUAAUCAACAUAAGACAACUUUUUGGUGUAACAUCCGUUUCCCAACUCAAAGGUAAAGGUCACGUUUAGACAUCAAAAGUCAUCAUGAAAAUUGAAAGUAAUCAUAAUUAUAUACCGUUAGCAGGGCUGGUAUUAGAUUUUGGACCAUUUUGAAAAAUGGUUGUAUAAUCUUCAUUUCCCCUAAGUUUUGAUGUUUUGCGCAAAGUAUGUCGGAACUAUAUAUAAAAAGCAUCUUCAUUAAUGUGAUUCAAACUCUGGUAAUGAUCCGCUUGAAAUAAAACCUUUUUUUAAUAUAUCCAAAAACAAUCCAAUAGAGUUUAAAAAAAGUUUAUUUUGUUAUACUAUUUUUUGUCCUGGCUCUUUUACGAUAGCCAUGUCGUUAGUACGCAGUAAGUUCGAUGAUCAUUAUUAUGCGGCGAUCUCGUUGAACCUGACAACGUCUAUUCUGGGUAAAGAAGGAACGUUGCGUUUUUCGUGGUUAUUGUACCCAAAUGACGCGUUCUUACUGUGAACAUAAUGAGUAUAUUGUUAAAUAUUAUACAUUGUUUUGUAACCUUGUUGAUGUUUGUUUAUUCUACAUAGCCUUAGUAUUAUUGAUGAGGCUAUAGUACGGUAAGAAAUAAAUGCUUAUGGAAGGAAAAUAAA